UAACUAUGUAAAGUCAAUCAACACAGUAUAAAUGUUUUUCAUUCAUUGCGCGUUCUUGUUGCUCAUUUGUAUAAAUUUUCGAUAAAUUUCGUAAAAAUAAACAAAAUUUGAUGAUGAGUGAAGAAAUAGGUGGCAAGAAAACCUCAUUAUCAAGCCUUAUCUACCCAAAGCGCAUACCAAACAUUAAGUUUGGUCCUAUCAAGGACGAAAUGGGCUUCACACUCAGCGAAAGACUGGCUCUCAGACAGGCGUGGAACUUGAUCAAACCCUUUGAACGGCGCUACGGUCAGGAUGUGUUCUAUAGCUUCUUAAAUGAUUACUCUUGGGGUAUUAAAAAGUUUGGGAACGGAACUGAGCUCGACCUGGCAGCCCUGCACUCACAUGCUUUUCGAUUUAUCAACUUUUUUGGACUUCUCAUCGAGGAGAAAGAUUCUGUAAUGUUCCAGCUGAUGAUAAAUGACAACAACCAAACCCACAGUCGCUGCAAAGUGGGCUCCUUUUUUGUUGGGCAUCUAGCCCAGGCCCUGGCGGACUAUGUGCUGAAGGUGUUCCACAAGGUCAGCUCGCUAUCACUGGAACGGGGCUUGGACAAACUCGUGGAGAAGUUCCAGAACUACCAGGACAAUCCGUCGAUUACCUCCGCACACAAUCGCCUGAGCAAGAUGAACUCUGAUCCCCGCCCUCCCAGAGGAAACGCUGCCUCUGCCACCGCGAUAUCAGGCUUCUAGUAUCAGCCUCUGUCGCAGUCGCCGACGCAGUUGCCGCUUAUUUUGCUUAGCUGCUAAGCGAUUUCCUUGGAGAAAUUCAGUUCAGCUCGGACGCUCAUCGCGUCCAUAUACACGUUUCGAUAGUUAAGGCUUUCGGAGAACUGAAGUGAUCAGAAGUGACAGUAACAACGUAAACAUAAAUAAAUUGUACAUAUAACCUCGCAUUUGCGGGCUAAUCGGCAAA